AUGGCAGCUUCAAGAAUGCUGAGAUUAGUACCUUCAGAGAGUGCUCUUUUAGUUUGUGACAUGCAAGACAAAUUCAGAAACCAUAUUCAAUACUUUCCCCAAAUCGUAGAAGUAACACGGCGAAUGAUUGAGGCUGCAAAAUUGCUGGACAUUAAGAUUGUUGCGACGGAGCAGAAUCCAAAUGGUCUGGGUCACACUGUAGCUGAACUUGGUCUGCAUAAACACAAUGUUCCAGUAUUCACUAAAACCAAGUUUUCAAUGUGUGCUCCAGAUCUUCGCAAUGAGCUUGGUACUGGCAUCAAAUCCGUUCUUAUAUGUGGAAUAGAAGCGCAUGUUUGCGUCUAUCAUACGGCAAUCGAUUUCCAGGAGAAAGGUUUCAAUGUGCAUGUUCUUGUUGAUGGCUCUUCAAGUCGUUCAAUGGUUGACAGAAUCUACGCAUAUAAACAAUUAGAAAGAGCUGGAAUUAAUCUGAGUACUAGUGAAUGUGUAAUACUUGGCCUUGUUGGUGAUAGUGUCCAUGGAAAGUUCAAGGCUGUGCAAAGAUUAAUAAAAGAAAGUGCACCUGACACGGGACUUUUGGCGAAUAUUUCUCAUGUUUGA